UGAUUGACCGCCCCCACCAUCACCACUGUACCACCUGGGAGAGUCUGAGACAUCUUCACCACGUCUCCCAGGAAGCAAGGAUUCCAAUACAGUCUUAAAGCCAGUUGCGUAAAGUCGAGCCCAGAGAAGAACUAGGAGGAAUGGUGAAGGAGACGCGGGAUGGAGCUUGCUCCCCGCCAGGAAGGAAGGAAGUGGCUGGGGGUACAGGCUUUACAGGUGAUGCGGAGGCGGAAUGGGGGAUCCGAGGGCCAGAGGGGUACAGUGGGAUAGGGGAGGGGGAGAUGUGGGAAGUAAGGAAGAUGCAGCUGCUUGGCUGUCCUACUGAUACUGAGUAAACAUCCAGCUGUCAUGCUGCGGUGGAACAGGGUAAUGGAAAAUCCUCCCUUCCCUCUCUCCCUCUCUCCCUUUUUUUUUUUAACCCCUCUUGCCCUCUCUCUCUCCCUUCCUUUCUUCCCCCGCUCCCACCUGCUGUUCCGAGGAUGGAACUCACACUGGGCCGAGCAAGCACCCUCUUACAUGAGCCCAGCCCCCCUCCCCCCAGCUAUUAGUAGAGAUUUCAGAACCCCUUUCUCUCCCGGACCUUUCAUGACUGAUUCUGACCCGUGGCUCCUACAGACUGUCUGCACUGAGUCUUGAGCUGGUCUGGUGCUUGCUAGAUCCUUCAGCUCCUUCUAGAUCGCAUCCUGCGUCUUUGCCCUCUGGCUUGGACUCCCUCCAGACACUGUAAUCAUUAACGCCUCCAGGAAACCCACAGAUGAUAGGGACCGGAGCCUGUCCCUGUCACCAACCAGAGGCAGUAUCCGCUGAAGUCUCGAGAUGGAGAGAAGUGAGGAGAGAGACGGCAGUGAUGGGCCGGCGGCGGCAGGGCAGGAGCAGAGCAGUGGGGCACCGGGGCUGGCCCUGAAGAGGGAGAUUGGCCUGUGGAGUGCAGUGUCCAUGACCGCGGGCUGUAUGAUUGGCUCUGGCAUCUUCAUGUCCCCACAGGGGGUCUUGGUUUACAUGGGCAGUCCUGGAGCUAGUCUCGUUGUCUGGGCGACCUGUGGCCUCCUGGCCGUGAUGGGCGCCCUGUGCUAUGCUGAACUGGGCAGCCUGGUUCCUGAAUCUGGGGGAGACUAUGCCUACAUUUUGCGAACCUUUGGCUCUUUGCCUGCCUUCCUGGUUAUCUACACAUUUGUUCUGGUGGCCAAACCAGCCGCCAUCACCGCCGUGUCUCUGAGUUUCGCCGAGUAUGCACUGGCUCCCUUUUACCCAGGCUGCUCCUCGCUCCCUCAAAUCAUGGUCAAGAUCGUUGCUUCUUCCUGCAUCCUGUUGCUGCUGCUGAUCAAUUUCUGGAGCUCACGGAUGUCCAUGGUGGUGAUGAACGUGUGCACGGCCGCCAAAGUGUUCUCCCUGCUUGUCAUUGUGGUGGGUGGGGCCGUGGUGCUGGCUCAGGGUCGCAGUCGUAUCGAAUCCCUGCCGUUCACCUUCCACAACACAACCCAGCAGGCAGGGCGCAUUGGCAUGGCUUUCUACCAGGGCCUGUGGUCCUUUGAUGGCUGGAAUAACAUCAACAUGGUGGUAGAGGAGCUCAAGAACCCAAAGCGGAACCUCGUGUGGGCAGUGAUGAUUGCCAUCCCCCUGGUCACCAUCCUGUACGUCCUGGUCAAUAUCAGUUACCUGCUGGUUAUGUCACCCUCGGAGAUCCUCUCCUCCGACGCCAUGGCUGUGAGCUGGGGGAACCAGGUUCUGGGGUCCUGGGCCUGGCUGGUGCCCUUGGCUGUUGCGCUUUCGACAUUUGGUACCGUCAACGGGUCGUUCUUCAGCGGCAGCCGUUUGUGCUACGCGGCCGCCAGAGAAGGUCACAUGCCCCAGCUUAUGUCCAUGAUUCAUGUGCAUCGACUGACACCAGCCCCAGCCAUGGUCUUCACCACAGCUGUGGCUUUGGUCCUGCUUAUUCCAGGUGACUUCAGCACCUUCGUCAACCUCUUGAGGUCCCCACCUUCAUUCCCGCCGUCAUGCUCCUGGUGUCUCUCUACCUGGUGCUGGCACCCGUCAUCGACCAUCCCCAGGUGGAAUUCCUGUACAUCUUCUGCUUCCUGCUCAGUGGCUUCCUGGUGUAUUUCCUGCUUUUCCACUUCCGGUGUCAGUCCAAGUGCAUGCAAGCGGCCACGAUGCAUCUCCAGCUGCUCCUGGAAGUCGCGCCAACCACGAAAGGUCAUUGACUGGAUGGUCAGAGGAGUCCCGCACUGUCCUCUUCACUGUUCCCCGCUGGUCCUCUGUACACCGACUAGGUAUCAUUCCAGUAAGCACUUAGUGCCACAGUACAGCUGCUUUGAGGUUUGGGAAUAUCUACCGGAACAUUAUCCCAUUUCCCUAAAACCUAUUCCUUUGAAACAAGUACCACUUUGUUUCACAAAGGAACCCUCUGGUUACAAAUAGACAUUUAGUUGCUGUUUGUAGCCCAAUUAGACCGCAUGGAAUGAGUCCCUUCCUUGGGUUUCUGCCAUUGGAAUUCUAUAGUCUUAUUCGACAUCGACAUCGCUCAAGCUGAAGAGUUGCACAUCUUGGGAUUUAUAUGGGACCGCUUGUAUCAAGUGGGCAGAGAAGUAGAGAAAGGCAGAAUGGCAAGAAGAGUGAGGAUGAUACAUGCUCAGCUAUGCUUUAAAAAAGACUUGGUGCUGAAGGGGCGGGGGUAGGAGCUGAAAGAGUAGUUUUGAUCCCUGGGGCCCAACGGCCACUUGAUGGUGUUUCUUGAGUUUUAUGUCUUCCUCCUCUUCCGUCUCCUCCUCCUCCUCCUCCUCCUCCUCCUCCUCCUCCUCCUCCUCCUCUUCCUCCUCCUCCUCCUCCUCUUCCUCCUCCUCCUCCUCCUCUUCCACCUCCUCCUCCUCCUUCUUCUUUUUUCUAUUUUGUGAAUCUAGAGAUUAAUCCCAGGGCAUUAUGCAUACUUAGGCACUGUAUCGUUGAUUUUUCUGGGACAACUGAUACCAUAAAAUAAAUUUCUCAUUUUGCCUCCA